GUGUUACUGCAAUAAACACCAUGGAAUAGAGAGAGACUGCGCAGUACUUUUCUCUCUCUCUCUCUCUCUCUCUCUCUCUCUCUCUCUUUCUCUCUCUCUCACACACACACAGAGAGAGAGAGAGAAUGUUUAUGCCGCUUUGAAUCUUUGCUAAUGUUAAUGCGCAUGUCUCAUGGUCUAUGAACGCGUCACUCAGAUGGAUGGAUGAACUUCUGUCACCAUUAAUAACGUUUUUGGGCAGCAGAACAAAUGGCCAUGAUGAGGAUGGUGGUGCUUUUGCUCUCUGUGAUGAUGGUCAAUGUGGUCCUGAUGGAUGCUAAGGUGGAAAGCACUGCAGAAUUUGAUCCAUAUAAAGUUCUUGGAGUCACCAGAAGCGCAAGCCAAGCAGAAAUCAAGAAAGUGUAUAAACGCCUGGCCAAAGAAUGGCAUCCUGAUAAAAACAAAAAUCCUGAAGCUGAAGACAUGUUCAUCAAGAUUACAAAGUCUUAUGAGAUCUUAACAAACGAGGAGAAGAGAGCCAGCUACGAUCGUUAUGGACAAACAGAUAACACUCACCCCUAUGGACGCCACCAUGGUUUCCGCCACUUUCAUGACAACUUUUACUUUGACGAGUCUUUCUUUCACUUUCCCUUCAACAAUAAGGGUGGUCGGGAUUUUGCUGACAGCAAGUACACAUUGCACUUCAACCAGUAUAUCAAUGAAGUUGUGCCUGACAGCUUCAAGAGGCCUUACUUGAUCAAGAUCACCUCAGACUGGUGCUUCAGCUGCAUCCAUAUCGAGCCAGUCUGGAAAGAAACAGUGCAGGAAUUGGAGACUCUAGGGAUUGGAAUUGGUGUGGUCGAUGUUGGUUACGAGCGGCGUUUAGCAAAUCAUUUGGGAGCACAUCAGACUCCUUCGUUUCUUGGUGUCGUCAAUGGAAAAGUGGCUUUCUUCCAUUACGCUGUUGUAAAAGGCCACCUGAUGCAGUUUGUAGAAGAUUUGCUGCCACAGAGACUAGUUGAAAAGGUUACAGACAAGAACUACCAAGAGUUUCUGAAGAGUUGGCAUGAGUUGAACAAGCCACAUGUUCUCCUGUUUGACCAAGUGCCUUCGGUCCCUUUGCUUUAUAAGCUUACAGCAUUUGCCUAUAAGGACUAUGUGCAGUUUGGAUAUGUGGAUCAAGGUCUUUCUGAGACCGCUGACCUGUUAAGAAAAUUCAACAUAAACACUUAUGCACCAACCAUGCUUGUCUUCAAAGAGGACAUUGAGAAGCCUGCAGAUAUUAUACAGGCUAAAGGGAUGAAGAAGCAGAUAAUAGAUGAAUUCAUCUCCAACAACAAGUUCCUUCUGGCCCCUCGUCUGGUGAACCAGAAGCUAUUUGAUGAGCUUUGCCCUGUCAAACAGUUCCAUCGUCGCAGGAAAUAUUGCGUUCUACUCAUCACUGGUGAGGAAGAGUCCUUCACCACAGGAAAUGAAGCCUUCCUUUCGCUAGCCUCCGUGAACACUAAUGAUGUGCUGCGAUUUGCUUACGUCUACCAGCGACGUCAGCAGCCCCUAUGUGAUGUUCUCCUGAAGAACAAAGACAGCACACCACCACAGGUGGUGAUUCUGGAGAGGCGUAACGGAGCUGGGAAGAUUCUAUAUAAGCCAGUUUCGGGAGGAUGGAAUGGCAGUAAGGAAGACAAACACAAGCUUCUGGAGGAACUGGAAAGACUGCAGAAGGAUCCCUCCAUCCUCAACAAUGAUGCCUUUCUCCCAGAGCUCAAUAAUGAGUUCACCUCUAUGUUUUUAAUAAGAUGGAUUUACACUGCAUAUGACUACUUGUCUGAAAUUAUCGAUGAUCUUCUUCACAAUAACUGGCGUGAGAUGAUGCCCCUACUGUCUUUGAUAUUCUCUGCACUCUUUAUUUUAUUUGGCACUGUAGUUAUUCAGGCUUUCAGUGACUCAAGUGAGGAAAAACAUCCCAAAGCAAAAGCAAAAGAGGCAUCCAAGGCAGAGGAUGGUUCGCCGAACACCUCCAGCACUUCCAGCAGUCGCCCACCAAAGAAAAGCUUUGUGGAGGUGACAGAGUUAACCGACAUUACAUACACUAGUAACCUGGUGAAGCUGAGGCCGGGUCAUAUUAAUGUAGUUCUGGUACUUACUGAUCCCACAAAGAACAUCCUGCUCAGCAAGUUUGCCAAGGAAGUUUAUUCGUUUACUGGGAGUUUCACCCUACACUUCUCCUUCCUAAAUGUGGAUAAACACAGCGAAUGGAUGGCGGCCGUGUUGGAAUACGCCCAGGAUGCCAUGCAAAUCGACACAGAUGAGGACGAAGUGGGCAGCCGCAAAGUAGACUACACAGGCUAUGUUCUAGCCCUCAAUGGCCAUAAGAAAUACCUGUGUCUUUUCAAGCCAGUCUACACUGGUGAAGACUUGGAUAGUAAGCCGGAAGAGGAAGGAGGAGGAUCCCGGUCCAGGAAGGGCAUGACACGCUCUCGAUCCACAACUCUUCAGAUCCACCACAAACUGGAUCGACUCGGACUCUGGAUGGAGCGACUGAUGGAAGGGACCCUGCCACGGUACUAUGUCCCAGCAUGGCCUGGUCUGGACAAGAUCACUGUCAACAAAUAAAGCCUCAUGGAAGCUAAUAACCCAGCUGCAUUAGAAGCAUCCGAUGGCUUGAAGCUGCUCAGAGCCAGACGCUCUAUGUAAGACUCUGCAGAAGUGACUUUGGCUUAGCAUUGUUGAGGAAAGGAAAACUGUUUGGAGCACUUGAAUUGCCACUGAUGUUGACCUCUUGGAAAUCUUUACUUUAGCUACUCUAAUGGAGGGCUUUAUUUAUUUUGAAAGGCUGUUGGUUUGAGAGGCAAAAUACUCAUACAGCUAGCCUAGCUUUCGAUUUGAAACAUUUCUGCUCCAUGAAUAACACUGCAACAUGCUGCUAGUUGAAAAACAGCUAACAUAAUGUAGCGUAACAAAACAUGAUCACUGUAGACUUUUAGUCCUAGCUGUUUACUCAUGACAAUGCUGUGAAUUUUUAUGCUUUACCAUUACAAUGAGACGCUUACAUAAUUUUAAUUGAACACCCUUGAUCUACAAAGUGCAAUAUUUUAUGCUAACAAUUUACAACAGUCUUCAAUGUGUUAACUUUAGUUAAUGCAGUGAAUUAAUUGAAACAAUGCACAAUGCUUUCGCAGCAUUGAUUAAUUAUGGAUAACGUAUAUUUCUAUAGUAAAUAUACUAAAACAUUUAACUAAUUUCAAAAUUGUGGUUUAUUGUUAGUUCAUGAUGCUAAAUGCAUUUAACCAAUGUUAACGAACUGUUACCACAUUUUAAUGGUUUACUUGGAAUUCCUUACCCCCCUUAAAUAAUAUAAAACUAAAAUCAAAUACUUUGAGACCUUUAAGAAAAGUUUGUUAUAAUUCAAAACAAAACUAAAAAUAUAAAAAUCUGCCAUUUGGAAACCUGCACCGUUUGUAAUUUUUUUAAAUAAUUUUAACAAAUUUUCCCUUCUAAAUAAUGGUGAAAAUAUGGAUGCUAGAUAUCUAAAGUUCAUUUAAACUUAAAUAAUAAUAAUAAAUAAUAAUGUUAAUCAAUUCUUUUUUUUUUUUCAGGACAAAUUUCUUAGCAUCUUCCAACUGGCGCAACUUUACAGCAAUACCCAUAGAACAUGAACUGUGCUUCAGUCCCAAGGUGUAAAUAGUUACAUUUCAUUAAAUGUAUAUGUUAAAAAUAUAAUAUGGAUUUGUGUCUCUAAAAUAUAAGAAAGAUUCCAGAUGUUCUUAGCAGAUUGAUAGUGUAAGUAAAGGGAGAAACAGCUCUUUAUUGACCUGAACAAGUCACAUUCAGUUAUAUUGUGCAGCUAUAAAACAAGCAGGUAAAGCUUUAAAGAAUGACAAAGAGAUCCAGAAACCUUUAUAGUUUCAAGUUGUGUUUAGAUUAAAAAUGUGUUGUGGCAUGCAAAGCAUACUCUCCACAGUACAAAACUGAAGAAAUAAUACAUACUUGAUCUGAAGUAUUUUGUACUAUGCAUUUCAUGUUUGCUGUAGAAAAGCGUUUGUCUCCUUUAUGUUGUGAUGUUUCAUUUGUUAGCAGGAUUUAGUGGUUAAUGCAUUUGAUUAGCUAUUGCAUAUGCACAGAAAGGUGUGGGUGAGUUAAAUCCACUCCUGUAUGAAGUCUUCCAUUACUGACAUAUUUUGAGCGAUGAAUUAUAUUACUUUAUUCAUAUGGUGUUCAAUGAACAUUCAUUAUACUUUAUAAUUGAUUAUGCAGUAUUGGUGCCAUUAUACUAUAUUAGCAUUUUAUUUGUGUUUUGCAAUGCACUGGUAAAUAUCUUAAAUUUAAGAUAGCAUUAAAUCAUGCCAAAUUUUCAUGGCUUAUUUACUCUGUAUGACUAAAUGUAUUUAUGUCUGUGGUGUAAAAUAUGAAGUCUGCAUAAUGUUAUGUAAUUGUUUUAUUUAUUAAUCGGUUGGAAAACUAUAUUAUCAAAUAAACAUCAAAUGUUUUAUUUUCA